AUGCCACCGCUAGCGAGAACAGCAGCAGCAAUAGCGGCAGCGGCAUGCAUGCUGUCUGCCGUGACGGGCUUCGUCGUUCCUAGCGCGGGUUCUUGUGGCCCUUCGGCAGACGUUGCGAAGACCCGCCGCAUCCUCGGCACGGCACCGUCUCGAACUACCGUAGCGCAGCAGCACCAUCACUCGAUUGUGAUGGCGGCCGCGCCUGUGGUGAAGCGUGUCGCAAUCGUGGGGGCAGGGGUCGGGGGUCUGACGCUCGCGAACGCGCUGUGCACAGGAAGCACGGCCGUCGACGAGGUGAAGGUUUUCGAAAAGUUCGACUCCGUCAAACCUGGGAUCGGGGGCGGCGUGCAGAUCAACAGCGGGGCGGUGAUACUGGCGCGGCUUGGACUUGGAGACGCCGUUAAGGCUGGUGGCAACCAGGUGGAGCGCAUCCUAAGCCGAACCGUCGGGGGGCGCGUGACCCUUGACCUGGACGUGAAGAAGAUGGUCCAAUCCAAUCCUAAGCGGAGGUCGGUCAUGGUGGACAACGGCACGCCCAUGCUGUUCACCAUCAUGCGCGACCGCCUCAUGCAAAUCCUAGCCGGCGGGCUUCCCUCCGGCGUGGUGAGCACGAGCCGAGAGGUCACCUCCGUGGAGGAAUCCCCUUCGGGAGCCAAGCUCCGCUUCGCGGACGGCUCGACGGAAGGUCCGUUCGAUCUCGUCGUCGGGGCGGACGGCAUCAAGGGGGCUGCGCGGAAGGCGGUUCGAGCCGGACCGGGGGGAGGUAGCGGCGGCGACAACGACGACGCCAUAUACUCCGGGAUUCGGGUCCAGUACGGGGUGGCGCCGGCCGGGCAGAGGCCGGAAGGGUCCGAACGAGAGUUGCACCAGUGGUUCGGGGGCGACACGUACGGGCUGAGCGCCACUUACCAGGGCAUCGGGGACAAGAAGUUCGAGAUGGUGGCGGCCUUGUACCAGGACCGUGACAGAAAAGAAGAGAACGCCGUGUGGGACCAAGUGGAGGCCAAGGGCGCGUGCCUGCGGAGGCUGGACGAGAGGAGGUUUCCUCGAGAGAUGAGGGCGCUGGCGGAGGCGAGCGAUCGGUUCUACGAGCUCGGCGUGUACUACAGGAAUCCGCUGGAGGGUUGGGUGAGCCGAGGGGAAGGGCAGGUGGUUCUCCUGGGGGACGCCGCGCACGCUAUGCCGCCUAACCUCGGCCAAGGUGCAAACCAGGCCAUCCAGGACGCGUACUGCCUCGCGAGACGCCUGGCCGACCUCAACAGCGGGGCCGCCUUCGAGGGAAGCCUCAUCGCCGCCCUCCGGGACUACGAGCGAGCUCGCAAGCCCGACACCAGCCUGGUGCUCGCCAAGAGCGCGUUCGUCGGGGCGGUGGAAACCCUGGGAGGGGCGGCGGGGGGCGGGGCCUUGGGAGAGGCGUUUCGCGACAACUUUUUUUUCGGCAUGUGGAAGGCCGGGGUGGCGGAGCAGAUUUUCAUGGACGGCGCUAUGCCCAAGGUUUAA